AUGGCGCGCUGGCUGCUGAUAUUCGCAUUCUCUGCUGCUUUUCCUCGCAGCUGGCUGCAGGCACCCCGCCGCAGCACCUGCCGACGCUGCUUCAGCGACGCUGCAGAGCUGUUGGCGGCGGGUCGGCAGUGCCGAGAGCCCCGCUUGGCCCGGGAGAUCUUCGAGGCGGCGCUAGGCCUGGCAGAAGGCCCGCAGCGCCUCGAGCUGCUCAUGCGGAUCGGGGACACCUACUUGGAAGAUGCCUUGACAGAGACCGCUCUGGAGUGGUUCGAGAAGGCGCAGGGGGAGAUGGACGAAGACCUCAAGUUGGCGGUGCCGCAACGUGCAGCGCUUAUGGCGCGCCGAGCGCUGGCUGCCAGAGGGCCCACCUUGCAGUCGGGCCUGGACCAAUGCGAGGCCGCCAUGAACCUGCUGCGCGGAGCAGGAGAGCUUGACUCCGAAGUGGGCCUCUUUGUGCGGCGGGUCCUCGGGGAUUUGCUUGUGAGGUUGGGGCGGUCCCAGGAGGCUUUGCUGGAGCUCCAAGCGCUGCCAAAGGAGCCACUGGCCCUGGUGAGCCUAGGCAUGGCCUACCUGGCGGCGGAGGACUUCCUGCGCGCGCGGGACGCUUUCGAGGAGGCCCUGCCAGAGCUGGAGGAGGCGGAGGCCUUGGAGACGCCGCUGGCGGCCCAGCUGCUGCGGGGCCUCGGCCUUGCGCUCAGCGGCGCCGGGGACGCGGCGGCGGCCCUGGACCCACUGCAGGCGGCGAGGACCAUCCUUGAGUGGCGCGGGCGUAUGGGCACGGAGGAGGGCUCCCAGUGCUUGCUAGCACUGGGUGACGUGUAUGCGGACCUGGACGACUUUGAGGAGGCCUUGCGAUGCUUUGAGCUGGUGUGCCUGAACGCUGAAGUGGGCUCGGCAGAUUCGGAGGUGUGCAUCGACGUGGACGACCUCUUCGUGAAGAUCGAGGAGGCGAGGCGCCAGCUGCGCCACUCGGACGCCGCACGGCUCUUCGGCGAAGAGGAGGAUGGAACUGAAAGAGUCUGA